CUAUCAUACUCCCCUCGACUCGCCUUUUCUCCUCGCUCUUGCGCCAGCGACCUCUCCAGCUCAAUCUUUUGGGUAUCAUUUUACAAGGUUCCCGGCUAAAGCGGACUGAUCGGCAAUCUCGUCAAAAUGUCCGGAUCUGCAUCUGCUCUCGGAAAACUCAUCCAGACCUCCUCCCCCGUCAAUGGUGUCAGGGUCAUCACUUUCAACAGACCUCAGAAGCGCAAUGCCCUCUCCACGGAGCUAUUGGCUGAGUUUCUCACGGAGCUCUCCGCUGCUUCUAAAGAUGCGGCAGUCAAGGUCAUUGUACUCGCUGGCUCUGGGGGGUUCUUUUCUGCCGGCGCUGAUCUCCAGGAUAUCGCCGCGCUGGACGCGGCUGGUGCCCGAUCCUGUCGAUAUCUCGAGGACCUCUGCCAUGGCAUGGCGUCUGUACGCAAGCCACUUCUGGCAGCUGUUGAAGGACCUGCACUUGGGGGUGGGUUCGAGGUCGCCCUCAUGUGUGAUUUGAUAUUCGCAUCCCAGACACGGACUUAUUUUGCAUUGCCCGAAGUCAAGCGCGGGCUGAUUCCGGGAGCCGGAGGAACCCAGCGCCUCACGGCGGCGCUCGGCAAGUUCAAGGCGAUGCGGACGAUUCUCCUGGGCAAGCCCAUCACUGCCGAGGAAGGGCUUUCACAUGGCCUUGUUUGCGAACUGUUUGAGGACGGAACCGUCCUUGACAAUACUGUCAAAGUGGCCGCCGACCUGGCCGCCAAUGCAACCGAAGCGAUGCAGCUUGCUAAAGAGGCCAUUUGUCGAGCUGAUAGCCUUGGGCGUGAUGACGAGUUCGAAAGGACUCUCUACUACGUUACUUUCGGCACCGAAGAAAAGAAGAAAGGUGUCAAUGGAUUCCUCAAGAAGCCUUAGGCUUUUCGUGGAAAUCUCGUCUAUGGUCGAUCAAGGGCUUUGUUCGUCUCAAAGACCCGAUGAACACCGGAGAGCCCAAGUACACAUGAUGUGCUCGGGAGGAUUAGCACACAAAGUCAAGCCAUUCUGUUCCCAAUAUGA